GUCAUUGGGCGUCGGGACGCCGCCACGACGCCGCGCUCUCGACUCCGGAACGCGAAAGCGCGAUCGCGAAGUGCCGUUCCUCGCGACACGAGGACCGGGAUCCUUCUCCGGGGAUCCCUCGGACGAACGUCCUGCUGCGAGCUCGUGAGACACCGCAAGUGAACGGGCCAUUUUCUCACGGUAGGAGGGUGACAACGCGCCCUCGAAGAGGGUGCGAGCCGUGCGGCGUUGAUCCGCUCUGAGGCAGAUUUCGCUACUCCGACGCGUGUUGCUUGAUUUCUCGGGGACAAGGUCGAUGCGACGAAUGGGGAAGGAAGGAGCGACCACCGUCGUCGUGGACCGUCGAACCAGUUGUCCUCGGAAGUGACAGCAAUCGCGAGGUCCUGUCUGCCAGCGAGAUCACGCGGGGACGUUCGAUUGCAGAUCGAUCACGGUCAAGUUGAUCUUCCGGAAGACCGACUCGGGUUUCGUAAGAAGGAUCGUUAGUGUGUGUGUGCGCGCGCGUAUGUUACGAUCCGUCGACGAAGGUGAAUGAGAGAAGACGACGUGAUCUUCGCUACCUCAAGGAACACUUUGAAGAUUCUUGGUUUUCGAGAAAGAGAGAGAGAGAGAGAGAGAGAGAGAGAGAAAAAGGUGUCUUUUUACAGUUUCGAUAUUCUUCCAAUCAAAGCCGUGCGUUGCUCAAGAGAUCCUCACUGUUCUCCGAGGGGAUUUGUAGAUCUUGUAUCUUGAAGGAGAAGAGGUGAAAGGAUUCAGUGUAGUGGAGAGUAGUGCAAUAUUUUUCGGAAGUGUCUUAAACUCGAUAUAUACUUAAAGAUACUCAAAGUGCUUGUAGAUCACAAGUUCACAAAAAAGAAGAGCAAUCUUUCGAUCGAGGAGUAAGAAGAAUCUCGUAAUAAAGAACGUCGCGGGCAGCAUUUUUGCGAAGAAUUUACGCCCUAAUCCACUCAGCACCUCGCUCAAAAAUGGUCCUUAGCAUCGCGAGGACGAUCUAUGAAUUCUAAGUUCGCAAGCGAGCCGGCGAGCACUUCUCGCGGUGGAGUCUCGCUGAAUAUUUUCGCGAAAGGUUUCGCUCUCGCCAUCCUGUACGUACGUGAUCUUGGCGCACGUAAAAAGUGUUGACCCUGCAAGAAUCUAUAGACCUCGAACCUGCGAGCAAACGAGAUCAUUUGCGGCGGGAACUUGAUGGAUACUCUAACGAAGCGUCUUGCUGCUUCCAUCUCGUAUCUAACUCACGGUGUAUCCAGAAGAGUACCCUCAACGCGUUGGACGAAUCAGUCGCGAGUGUUACACCUCCGAGUAAAGAAUUUUGAUCGCGGUACUCGCGACAUAUUUGGAGCCACCCAUUUAAAGUCCACUGGAUACUUCCGUUGAAAACUAGAUUCGUCUAGUUGUGGUCGAUUCGUCGAAACUGAACCCAAAGUUCCGAGAGGGACAGGCGAUCCCCCGUGGCACCUCCAUGAGCGCUAUCGCGAGGUGUCCGACUCACCUGACUGCGCAUUCAGCCAUUUCGCUCAACCGAUCACCGUCUGGCUGAGAAACCGUCACAGAAACCGGUAGUCAAAGAGGGAUACGGGGGAGUAGCAGCUCGCAGACAGCUAAGUGACAUCUCGAGAGCAGUCACGCGGAGCACCGGCGGGGCGAGGUGAGGCGAGGAAAAGCCUCUCCUACCCUUGCCUGCCUGUCUGUCUACCGCGCCAUCAAUUCCGCGGACGGAUCGCGCUUCCGCUGGCGGGACAGUCGGCCCUACUACGAGCGUAGGAUUCCGGUGUGUAUGUAUGAUGACGAUGACGAUCGCGCCGCGGGGACCGCCGAGGUGACUCGCGGUGGCGGCGGCUGCUCUCCGGGGACCGAGCAGUGGUACCGCGGCUCGCGGGAGGAUGUCGCGGGCGAGGGCGGGCGGAAGAUCGCGCGCCGCAGCGGCAGAACGCAUCGUCCUCGACUCCUCGCUCCCGACGGACUGGCGGUGGUAGGGCCGAUGGAGCAUGACGGUCUAACGACGCGCGUCGUCAUGCCGCGCGUCGCCGGGACGCUCGCGACGCGCUCGCUGCCCCUACUGGCGGCCCUGGCGAUGCUGCUCGUCGCGCUGUUAUCCUGCUGCGCUCGCGCCAGCGAAUUCCCCGAGCGGGAGUGCUGUGACCUCAUCUUCCCGAUCCCGGAGCCCACCGGCAGGUCCACGUCUGCACCGACGCCGACCGGAAGAAGCGGAUCCGGCAUCAAGGUGCCGAUGGCGAUCCUGAAUUGCCUCUACGCCCGUCAGUUGUGCUUCGAGGACCCGUCGUGCAGCGCAAUUUUGGAGAUUAUACCGAGGGUCUGCGGUCCGGAAUUAGUGGCCUGCUCCACGGUGACGGUGACUAAGUGUCAGGCGGCUCUGCGCACGCUGCAAGCUUUCACUUUCUUCCGACCGACGUGCCUCUGCAGGGAGCCGCAUGUCGAUCCGGAUUGCAACAGCUUCCAGAACUUCCUGUUUGACCACCCGUGCGUCUACGUCCUCAACAAAAAAGACAAGGAUCAGUUCUCGAUAGACGCGUUGCCGACGUGCAAUCAUGCGCUCAACGUUUGCGGACGCGACAAGGUGUGUGCUCAGAUAUACAAGGAGUUCAAGACCAACUGCAAGAUUCAAGAGGGCAAGUGCAACAUGGAGAAUCGGGAUGCCUGCCACGAGUCUUGGACGCAGCUGCGACUGUCGCCGAUGUUCGGCUGCAUAUGCCCGAACAAUAGUAACAGACGGCGUUGCGACAAGAUCUUCAGUGCAGUGAACCACAACCCCUGCGUUGAGUUCCUGCCCUCCUCCACCUCCGUAGACCUGUCGGGCACGGACUCAGCCCUGUACCCGUUCGACCCGCAGCAGGAGAACUACCAGGAGAUCUGGUUGCCGCCGACCAGUAUGUACCCCUAUUUUCUGUUCCCCGGGACCGCGCGCACCCCGCCGUACUACGACCCCGAGAGCACGUACGACAUACGGGAGCCCGGCGAACAACACCGCCAUCGCCAUGGCCAUCGGCAUCGUCAUCAGGAGGCGCCGGAACUACCCGGCAGACCGGCUGUUCUCGUCGUCGAGGCAUACGAUCCUCGGUCCGAUUCGGAUCGGUACGACACCGACAUGAAUCGGUUCGAGGAUCGAUUGGCGACCUCGCGUCCAGCCGUUAAUCAUCCGGAUCGGUCGACGGAUGGAUCUUCUUCCUCCUUCUCCUUCUCUUCUUCUUCUUCCUCAUCCUCCUUUUCUUCUUCUUCUUCUUCUUCUUCGUCUUCGUUGUCCAAGCAUGAUCGCGCCUCCAGCACAGUGCACCUGCCGCCCCAAAGCGAGCAUGACGCACACCCGCACCAGUAUCGGCACCACCACCACCAUCACCAACAGCACCAGCACCAGCACCAUCGUCAGCACCCCGCACUACCCGCACCGCCGUCCGUCGUCGCGACGCUGUCGUCGUCGUCGGCGGGCUCGUACGCGCCGGCGGCCGCUCGUCCCACGCCUACCGUGCAGGACGAGCCGUUGGGGCCCGGCCACGCCGAGGCACCCCGGCUGCCGGCACAGAGGAAGUUCGCGCCCAGACCCACCUACGAGCACCGCGCGAUCUUCGACCGCGCCGACGACGAUCUCGACGACCUCGACGAGUUCAAGAUCGGCGCGCUGCCCGUCGACAGGCUCUUCGAUCUCCGCGAGACCUUCGAAGAGUUCGUUGGCCAAGUGAAGGUCAUCGCCCAUCCCGACAACUCCACCAGCUUAGAGGUGAUCGAGUCGCAGUUGGAGAAUCCGCUGAUCGAUGCCGACCAUCAGGAUCUGCUUGCCAUGAAGCAGCUUCCCAUCCCAGGCGGCCAUCAUCAUCGCAGCCACCACAAGAGGAAUCAGACGGACGAUUUCGAACAGAGCGCAGUGCCGUCCUCCACGUCGGAUAUCGACAGGCUUCAGCAGCCGGUCAAGCUGACUUUGUCCAGCACGUGCCAUCACGCUUACACGUCCUGCAAGAACGAUCCGGAAUGCAAGGAGCUGCUGCAGCCCAUCCUGAACCACUGCGACUCGGCGACGUGCGCCAGAAACGAGUGUAUGGAAGCGUUGCAGCACUUCUACAGGACCGCCCAUCACAAGCAUUCCGUGGAGAUCGCAUUCUGCCUCUGCAGGAAAACGGAUGGCAAAAAGGACGAGUGCAUAGUGGCACAGGAGAAAAUGCAUCCAGCGUGCGUGCAGCGCGUCGACGGCGCCGAAAUGCCGACGUGUCACAGCCUGGCUGAGACUUGCAAAGAGAACAAGGGCUGCAGGCUCAGGCUGGAAUAUUAUGAGCAGAAUUGCGCGGUUGACAGCGUGACGAAGAAGUGCGCCGGACCGACCUCGGAAUGCAGAAAAGCGAUGCUGGGCAUCCUCGGCACCGAGCUUCGCACCAAUUGCGCCUGCAAGGGCACCGAACUCACCCAGCUCUACGACUGUUUGGGUUGGCAACGGUUACUCUGGGUGAAUCCCUGCGUCGUGGAGUCGCAGAAGGACUAUCACGCACGCAGGAAACACCAUCACCCGCGCACGACAACGACGACGACGACGACGACGACGACGGCGACAACGGCCGUCGCGCCGACGACGAGGUCACCGGCGAGCACGACAGCGACCACGGCGGUCGAACAAGUGGAAGAUAAUCAAAUACCGGAAGUGACGAGGUGGCCGACCACCGAACCCACGGAAACUUGGGAAAUCACGACCACCACUAUAAGCACCACUCCGAGCACCACCACGACCACCACGACGCCGCCGCGCUUCUGCGUGGUUCAAAAGCCGAGGCAGAGUCACCAAUACAUAAGAGAGGGCAAGGCCAAAAGGCUCUAUCGCGAGGACGAGCCCGAGUGCUCAGAGCUCUGCCAAUGCGAGGAGCCCCUAACGCUCAUUUGUCACACCAUCUGUGUCGACUUGUCGCCGUGCAAGACGGACUUUGCCUUCUACAACCACGAGGCGCCGGCCUAUCAAGCGCAUCGGGGUCCUUGCCUUUGCUACAGCGGCGGCUUUAUAUGCAUGCGGCCUGCACCCGAUACAUACAGUAUACCGCACGGAGUCUUCAUGUUCCUGGGCUACAGCGAGAAGGACGAGAUCUUAUUGAAGCAGCACAACAACCUGACCGUGCUGGACGCGGUGUCGUCUCUCGACAAUUUCAUGAAACAGGAAGUCGAUAAUCAGACAGUAUGCACGCUCUUUCUAUACAAUGCAACCCGAGAAAACGUGAUUGCAGUGGUGCGACUCGGGACCGACAAUCCACCUUUAAAUAGCAGCCAGGCGCAGAGUUUGCAGCACCUGCUGCGCGUCAAGGAGGAGUGCGCGUCGAUGAUGCAAGACCUCAGCGACAAGAUCAACAACAAGCAUCACGAGGUGCACACGCACCCGCUGUUGUCGAUCUUCAAAAUGGCCGAGGUCGAGGUGAAGAUGCCGUACAGCAACGAGGCGAUCACCAGGUCGCCGUCGGGACUGCUCGUCGUCCUGCUCGCGAUCGGCCUGCUCGGGUCGAGCUGCCUCUUCGGCUCGUGACAGGGGCAUCGGCACGCCACGAAGAGCGUCGUGGAUCGAGCGUCGCCUCCCUCGCGGAGAACCGCCACGUGUCGCGUGCACGUGGCCGCGGCGGGUCCCGCAACGGGGGCCGCGUGGACGAGCGAGGACUCGUGGCCUUGAAGGGCGCAGAUCAACGAAGAGAAGGGCUCCCCCGACCCGCCUCCGCCUUCUCCCCGAGAUCGCCGCGUGGAUCGACGGAUCGAUCGGCAAAUCCGCGCGGCGAUCACCACCGAGCCGAUCGCGAACUGCGCUCACCGCGCCCCGUGGAAGAUAUUAUUAAAUGUACAUUGAUGUUUAAUGAUAUUUUUGUUACUGCACCUCGACCGUCCUCGAGCCUCGUCCUCAACCCUUUCGACCGCCCGCGCGAGUUGGUUCGGAGUUGAUGCUGGAGCAUCACAUUGUAGUUAGCAAACAAUAACAUCCUUAAUUAGUGAUCUUUAAUGUGUGAAUUGUUUUUUUCUAGACAAAAUUUUAUGUGGGGAGGAACUUCUUGUACACAGAGAGAUGGUUUGAUUUCAUCUAAAAGCUGCUAAAUUUUAACUUCUUUAGUGGUGAUUUAAAAUGACUGGGUAGAUUCUUUUUUAACCGAGCUUAUCUGUAUUUCUCUUCUCUUUAUUAUUAUUUGAAGAAUUUUAAAAAAUGUCUAAUUUUCAUUGUGUAUUUGCUAUGAGUUAAAAAAUGCAACAUUUUAAGUAAAAGGAAUUAUUUAUUAAGUUAUUGAGUAAAAGAAACUUAAUAUUUUACCACGAAACUUUUCGUAGGAAUGUUACUUAAGGGCUUAAAUGAAGAAAAGCUUCUUAUGCACGGAGAGAAUUUUACAGUAAAAAUUACAGCAAUAAUAUAUUAUAAAAUUUUGUAACUGACAAAUGAAUCGACAUUUUGCAGUAAUUGACUAUCCUUUCAUUUCAUUUAUAUUUUGGGAACUGAAAUGUACUAUAUUAUAUAAUUUGCUAAAUCUAUAGCAAAUUUUAUUGUUUUUUUACAAAAUAGACACUACUAAUAGUCUAUUCCUAUGCCACUGGAAACACAGAGUAAAAUUGAAAGGAAAAAGAUAAAUAUUAUAAUAUCCUCUCCACGCACUUUAAUUUUGAUAAUAUGAUUGUUGAGAUCAGUGUAGAUAAUAACAAAUAAAAAAUGCAAUAUAAUGCAAUAUAAUAAUAACAAUUAGCCACUGUUGGCUGAUAGAAAAAGAUUUAUCUAGUCGCGAUAAAAAAUGGUGAUUAUAAAUCACAGCACUAAUGAAACAAUGCACACGCUACAAGCUACAGUGAUGCCGAUUCGCGCAUCCCGAAACUCUACAUUACUUCCUUACUUCUGUUUUCCGUCUUUAUUUCCGAGAGGCAUUACGAGAAAGUCGCGAGGAAGAUACCCCCGCGGGAAUUUUGAACGAAUUGCAUUUGACUCGUCGCAUGUUCCAACAUUUUGACAACUCACGCGGCUCGCGGAAAUAACAAUUUCGGGCGGCGACAUCGCGGUAACACCGCAACGACACUCACACCGAGAGGAAAUAACGACCGGUGCUCGAAGGGUUGACGACGGAUGAUCGACGACGCGCUCGACGAUCGAUGCCGCUUCGAGGUCGGGUCCGAUGCGGAAACGAGAUUGGCACGGAAUAUACGCUCGUCAGACGCGCGAAACCAGAUGGAAACCGCCGACCGGCCGCGUUCUCGUUUUUUGCGCGCGCGGCCCAUCGCGAGUGUCUUGCGCGACGAGAUUGCUGCGCGAUCGGCAUGCAACCGACGUAACCUCGGCGCGAGUUGCAUCGCGAGCUGAUCAUUAACAAUUGCGCGCGCUGCUGAUGACCCUUGCCUGCACGGUGAUUUGCGGUCGGCGGGCGAUUCGCGGAGAAUAGUCGAUGAGAUGCACCGACAACCGAAGAGGGUCGAAAGAUACGUAAUCGAGACGAUUUUAAGUUUUACGAUCAAGUUGACUAAUAAAAACCUAUAAACGAUAUAUAUUCUAUAUAUAAUAUAAUGUAUAUCUAUAUAUAUAUAAAUGGAUUACUCGCCCGAUCGGCAAGGAGAGGGGUUGCUUUUAGAAUCGUUAAUGCGGAGUGCCCCGCGCAAAGGAUCGGCCGUGAGCGUGAAGUUUUGUUACGAAUUGUUGCGUCAAGAUAUCUAUAUCCCACAUAUCUGAAGUGAGAUUUUUAUUUGUCAACGUUGAGAUUCCUCGCGUGAUCUGUAUCGUUAUUAAUGUUACGCUACGAUGUUGGAGAACGAACGCACUAUGCGUCCAGACAGCUUCUCGCUUACGUCGCGAUCGAUCGCAGUAGUAAUUGCGCAGCAAUCUCGGGAAAUCAAUCGAGAAAGCGUUAGAAGAGCAAUAACUGAUAAGGGGAGACGUCGCGAAAGUUGCGGUUUCGAAAUCGGGACGCAUUCUGACGAGGAGAAUCGACAGCGGUGAGCGUUCGUAUUCGCGAUCUCUCCCGGAACGAGAGAGACAGAGAGAAGGGGGAAGAAAUAGAGAGAGAGAGAGAGAGAGAGAGAGAGAGAGAGAGAGAGAAAGAGGUAGAGAGAUAGAAAGAUAAAUAGAGAGAAAGAGAGAGAGAGAGAGAUGAGUACCACGGCGCGUGUAUAAUAAAUCGACCGUAGCGUGAGGCAGUCUCUGUAUAAAUGGCUAAGCACUAAUCUACUGUAUAAUUAACGGCCAAGCAACGCAAACCUCCUCCCGUACUGGACCAUUAGGUGUUUGUUAAAGUUGAAACCUAAACCUAAAACACGUGCGUCUGCGGCGUGUCGCGAGAGGCUCGAGUGUGUAGAUAAAUGUAGAUUGUUGAUAGCGACGUAAGCGUGUGUGCGUGUGUACGUGCGCGCGCGCACGGAAGAGGUGUAUGUAAUAGAGGUAGGCUGGAAAAUACGGUCGAGCGGGAAAGUCGAUCGUGGCCCGCGCGUUUCCAAGUUUCCUCGCGUUUCAACGCGUACCGAGGCUUGUCGCACGGCAAAUCGAUCCUGACAAAUGGUCCCCCGAAUUUUUCGUUUUAUUAUCUCCGUUAUCGGGUCGUUUGUUAUCCGCGCGCGCGUGCGCGCGCGGAUAUGUGUACGGGGUGCCUCGGUGGACCCGAAUCGUGGAGAAAUGGACCGUUGAAAUUUCGCCGAUAGAAAUUACCGCUGACAAAUAAGUGAUCUCAAAAUUCGAUAAACGGCACACUUCGCUUUCGUCGGGGAGAUUUUUCCUGAUAUUAUCGGGAGAUAACAAUGGCGGCGCCCGGAUACGUACUUAAUCCUCGACAUUCUUGUCGCUUUGGUCUUUAAAUACGAUUAUUUGAGGAGGUUGUAAGACAAAUGAGUUUAUUAAGAAUUCAUUGAGACUCGCACUAAAAUAAAUUGAAAUAUUGUUCAACUGCUCGUGCAAUUUUGGAAAAAUAUUGACCACUCGAGAUACUUGAAACUAAAGUUGACACUUUUUAUACAUAUUCCUUGGAGUUGGCGUGCUAUUUUUAAUAUCCAUUUUUAAUUUUUUGCAAACUAAAAUUAGGGUUUUAAUGAUAAUACAGACUAAUAUACUGACAUUAUGUACAAAUUUCAAGAUUACUGGCCGUUUUGUUUGGGAAAUAUAGCGGUGGAAAGUUUACACUUUAUAGUAACACUCGAGAUAUACAUAUCCAUAUACACAUAUAUAUUUAAACAUAUAUACCUCCUUCUAUUAUCUGUGUAUCUUCAUUAGAUCAAUUAUAAUGCAUAAAUGCACAAAUGAAGCAUUAAAACGAAAAAUGAAAGAAAAAUAUUUUUCGUAUUUGUAAUAUUGUGUGCACAUAUCAACUUCGCCUCAAAUUAACAUUCAUUAUUUAAAUAAUGAAAUAAAUGUAUAAACACAUCACUUUGUUCAACAAAAAGUAAGUUUAUGAAUUCCUCUGAUACGUCACUGAAAGUACAAUACUGAGCCUUAGAACCUCCUGAAACUUUCAAUAUAAAAAAACUAUAUAUUCUAUGUUGAAAGUAUAAAUAUUUGCAUUUAAAGACCAAAACAAAACAGGAUUGUUCAGUACAUCUCUCAGAGAGUUGAUGUUUUUAUCUUACAUAUUAUUUUCUGUCUGCAAAAGAUUGUCACGAGAAAACACGAAUUACCUCGAAACUAUUUGUGCGAAAUAUUUCAAAGGGACACGAGGAUCAUUAAACUCUUAACUCUUCGUCAAACUGGAGCCGUAUGAAUCGAUCAAACUUUCGACGCGACAUCUUGCUCAAUCAUCACAAGAGACGAAAUCUCUCGGUGUUAAACGCGCAGGCAAUGUAAAUCAUGCGAACGCUCUUCCGUUCCCUACGGCCGUCCCUUCUUUAUGCGACGUAUUCAUGCCAUCGAUUAUUUUAUUAGCCCACAGCGUCGAUAAGGGCGGCGCAUAUCAAUGCGAAACGGCGCGUCGUCUCUCGUCGCGUCGCCUCGCGUCUCCGUAAUUACCACGCGCAAUGUCAAUAGUUCGUGACUGUGGGAGGCACCCUGUAUAAACGGUCGAUUUGUCAGGCCGAGAGACGAGAGAGGGUGCGCGAGGCGGAAAACUUGUAAACGGCGGCCGAACGCUUGACAUUUACAAAUUACUCAGAAAUUCACGAGCUCGAAUUAUUCAGCAGACGGAGAAGUCCUCCCGCCGGCUCGAUCAUAAUCUCGAUACUGGCGAUUAAUAACCCUCGGGAUUCCGAUAAUUAUCCCUUCCGGCGACGGACUCGCCGCGCUACCGUCGGCCGUUACCAUCAACCCUGUUCUUCUCAGAUGGCGCGGAAAUAUAGCGAGUUUAGUGUUACAAGAAACGGACGCGCGGGCUGAUUUUGUCGUACCACGACGUUGAAUCCGAUCUCCUGUUAUUAAUUUCAUUUGAGCAUCACGAGCGCUGUAAAGGCGCUUCGUCCAACGAAAUUUCGAGCGUGUUGAGUUUCAUUUAUCUACAUUAUCAAAUGUGAGACAGGUUAACAUAUACAGGGUGUUUCAGCUCGAUUUCACAAUCUCUCGUGACUUCGCAAACUCUUGUAAAGAAGAUUGAGGUGAAAACAAAAAUCUCUUUUGCGAUAUUCGCAAUAACUAUCGAGAUAUUAAUUAAAUAAGAUUAGUAAAUGAUAAUGCUCAGUAUAGUAGAUGAGUAGUGACGAUAUCUGCCGUCGUGUGUGCUUGUAUAUUAAGUCAAACAAAAAAAUCCUCCACCAUUUUGCGAAUGACCACGUAAAUUUCUAGUUAUUAAUCAAAGAAGAUUGGUGUCCAAUAAACACAAGGUAUUAUCCAUAUUACAAUGUCAGCUUGAUUGUUACUUUGUCAACUGUUACUUUGUUAUAUAACAAAGCGUAAUAUAUCAUAUAAUUGAGCUGACAUUGUAAUAUGGAUGAUACUUUAUAUUUACUGGGUGCAUUAUCGCACAAAAUCGUACAAUUUUCUAUAAUUUAUAAUUAAACAUUCAUAUAGUUAUUUGUAAUAUGGUAAAGGACUUUCUUGUUCAGUUCGAUUUAAUGUGCAAGCAUACGACGACAGACGUCGCCAUUACACCUCAUCUACCAUAUCAUGUGUGACUAUUCACAAAUCUUCUACAAUUAAUCCAUCGUCGGAAAGGUGAGACACAUUCCGUUCUCUUUAAAUCUCUGUAACAUUUCAGAUGUUAGCUGUUAUUAAAUCUCAAUAUUCUGUUAGCUAUUAUUAAAUCUCAAUAUUCCACAGAAUCAUAAGAGAUUAUAUAAAGUUUAAAAAAUUAUAAAAAUACAAUCAAAGAAAGGAAGAGAGAAAUUCAUCAAAUUUCAUUUUUCCUAAAACAAUAUUGGACAUUUUUGUUCAUCUCAAUCCGUUUUAUAGCCUCACAAGAAAUCAAGUUGGAACAUUCUGUAUAUGCAUAAAUUCGACGAUAAAAUUUCAAUUCGCAACGCAAAUGUCGUUUUUUCUUUCUCGGUUAUGCUCAAGAAAAUAAGAUUACAUUAUCUCUUAAUUUUCCAUUCAUAUUAAUAGUAUUCUUUGAUUAAACUCCUCCCAUUAUUCCGUAUCGUUCAUCAAAAGCACUGAAUUCUCUAUAUAAAGACUCAUCAUACACACAGAAAAACGCAUACUGCAUUUAAAUAAAUGUUACUUGUUUCAAGUAUUUCGUAAGUUGCCGCAAAUCUAUUAUAAGUUCGUCAUAAAUAUAAAAUUUAUUCAAAAUGCAUUCUGGAUCCUAAUGAGCUUAGUAUUUCAAUCGGGAAUAUUAAAUUAAAACAAGAGUUCGAUUUGCUUACUACAUACAGAAGUUGUCAACUUUUUCUUCGAUGAAGUUUUAUAAUAUUCUUGUAAAGAGAAUCAAUUUUUCUCUUAAGUGAGUGACAAUGAGCUUUUCUGAAAUUUAAAAAAUUUGGGCUGUUGUGAAGGAAAUAUUCCUUGAUAAGGAUAACAAUUAUUUGAGAAAAAGAUAGUAAACUGAGUAGUCUUUUUUUCAGCAGCAGAAUGAUAUUUUUUCCUGUGUGCACACAUAAAUAAGAGUAAUAUUAUCGACUACACUUCGGAUGUUGUUUUCUUCUGAAUCGCGUGCGGCAUCACGAAGAUCAGUUUCCCUCGCCAAAAAAGAUUUCGAUUACAAUUCGUUCGUUAACCCCCGAUUAACGCCCGACUCCGCGCCCAUUAUAUCGAAAAACCGAAAGAUGGGAGCCGAUCGAUAACGCGAAAAGAACAAAUCCCCGAAAGCAGAUACGGAUUAUACGAACGGGCGGCCGUCGAUGGGACACAAUGAUACGAAUACAGCGAUACGAGUACAAUGAUUUCUGUGAGGACCUCUAUUAUCCCUGCGAGCCUUGCGGGCUGAAUAAAGUGACGAGAAUCCGUCGGACGGGAGGAUCCUGAGGAUUAUAAUUGCGCUGAAGCUUCCGGCGAAUUCCCGGGCCACGCGGGCUCCGGAGUUAACUAAUGAAAACUCGCUAGACAAUGUAGCGGCAAGAACAAUACGGCAAAUAAAUAAUAGAGAGCCCUUCUAUGCAUAUACGAUAUACUCUAUAAAUAUACGUUAUGUAUAAGUGCAUAUACAUAUAUAUAUAUAUAUAAAUAUAUAAAUAUGAAAAUUUAGGUAACGCGAGAUAUAUAAAAUCGGACAGUCGGCGUGUUCUGGCUGCCAUAUUGUUUGUACAUGGACUACAAGUUUGAGGCGACAAGUUGUAAUACGGUAAUUCGAUUUAGGUGGCAUUCGUCGUCGAUCUGAACGCGUUGAUUGCAGUCGCGCGUGUAUGCGUGCGAGUGCGACCCCGCGCCUCGUCGUAUGCGUGUGAAUCCUGCGUGCGAAAUGCGAAAUGCGAGAGAGAGAGAGAGAGAGAGAGAGAGAGUGCGUUUGUGCGCGCCGAUCGCACCCCGGCCGCUCCUUCCCGAAUUAUCGUCACAUUGAAAGGUGUCACAGCGGGAUACAGCAAGCUGUCAUCAGAGAUCGUGACGUAUAUUUUGCUUUAACAUUAAUUUACAAGUGCCCCGAAAAUAUCGUGGAUUCAUUUUCGAUCAAGUCGAUGAAGAAGAUGGAACUUUCGAAUUUCGAUAUCGAUAACUUCAAUUUUUCACAAUGCAUAUGAAACAAAUGGAAAUUGAUAUUCGGUAUGUAACGGAUGAGCACUGAAAUAGUAUGUGUGUGUGUGUUUAGAAACUUAUUUUCUAAAGUACAAUCAGUACUUUCUAAAGUACAAUCAGUACUUUCUAAAGUACAAUCAUUCUUUACCGCGGUGCUAUACUCAUAACUGAUGGUUCAGUUAUAAGUACAGUGCUGCAAGCAAUACAAUCCCACUGAAAAAAUCAGUUAAUAGUGGGGCUGCUUUCUUGAAUGCAAUUUGCAAACUGUGUCAUUACGCGCAAAGCGCAUGCAAGCUGUUGGUUCCAUCGCCACGAACACAGAAAACUGAAUUUGACAUGACGUAUAACGAAUCUGUACACUACAGAUUUUACAGUGGAAUCUUACUAGUAAAAAUCAGUGAGAAAUAAAAUGAAACAAUAAAGUGGAAGUGUUUUUCAUUGAAAAUCUGUGAGUAUGCAUUGAUUGUCGGUGAGAAACUCCUUUUACCGAUUCAAUCGGAAACAUUUUCACUGAUUUACUUUAAGGGAAUAUGAUUCGCUAUAACAUAUCUCUUUUUUGUAACGCAAAUAAGAAGAAAAUAACAUUGAAUCAAUUAUUAUAGAAAAAUAAUGAGAUAGCGAAUCCUACAUAAACUACAUACCUAAACUACAUAGUUACGAGCCAACAAACACACACACACAGACAAUUACUAAAUAGAAACGGCGGAGUGCACCGCGGUAGAUUGUGCGCGCGCGACGUGGAUAAGCAAUAAUGUAUAAAGUUUAGGAACCGCGGGCACGUCGCUCAAAGGGACAGCGGAUGUUAACGUCACGUUAUACAUACACGCACGUAGCCAGGAUAAUUAAUAUAUGUUGAUUAGUUAGAAUGCGGCGAGAGGAAGGCUAAAACCGUUUCGACGGCGGCGAGACGGGCUCUUCGAGAGCGAUCGAACGCGAAGCGCACUCGACUUUCUCGACGAUCUCGAUCGAUCUCGAAGACGUGGACCAAACGCGAGAAUCCCACGGGACGCGUGGAUCAAGGUCGAAGGGCUGUACUUUCUCGUUUGUCUGUCUGUUUUUUUCCCGGUUCUAAGCGCGAACUUUGGCCGCAGCGACACAGAAAAGUUUAAGCAGUAAAACUUAAACAACUUGAGCAGCAAAAUUGGUCAAUCACAGUUGAUAAUUCUUCUUACGGUUCAAGAAUAAUCGAUUGUGACUGGUCAAUUUUCUUAUUGCUUAAAAUCUUACUUAAACUGUGUAUUUGACUCUCAGUACUAUGAUAUACAGAACACGUCUUAAAGAAAUUUAAGCAGUAAAACUUAAGCAGUAGAACUUAGACAGUAAAAUUGAUCAACUACAGUCGAUUCUUCUUAUAGUUCAAGAAUAAUCGACUGUGACUGGUCAAUUUUCUUAUUACUUAAGUCUUACCGCUUUUCUGUGUGUCCGGCCUUCAGGGCUAUAGCACGCAGAAACACGUCUUAAAAAAACUUAAACAGUAAAAUUGACCAGCUACAAUUAACGAUUUUUCUUACAGUUGAAAAAUCGAUUGUAACUACUCAAUUUUCUUACUGCUUAAAUUGCCGCUUAAACUCUUCUAUGUCUAAACCCUAAAACUUAAGCAGUAUAUAAGCAAAUCGGUCAAUCACAGUCGAUCGAGCCAUAAGGAGAAUAAUCGACCGGUGGUUGGUCAAUUUUUGCUUACUUCUUAAAUCUUACAACUUGUGUUUGUAUGCCAUCUAUCUCAAAUGAGAGAUGUGCACGCGCUUGCAGCGCAAAGGACGUAGCUCGAGCUUCAAUUAGUUCAACGUAGCGUUCGGCAGAAAAUUGCACACUCCGUUACCCCGAAUCGUGAUUCUCUCGUUAAUUCAAUGGCCGUAUAUUAAUUCGUUAUAUUUUAAUCUUUCCACCAAUUACAUUCUACGAAAAUGCCACGUCAAUUAAUCUCCGCUCGGCCGAGCGCACCGAUAUUUUAUUUAAUUAGCGAUUAAUUAAAUGCGCAUCCGAAAAUCGCACCGAUGGUCGCAGCCGAAUUUUCGCCGCGGUCGUCACUUUCCCCGCGCGUUCGACCUUGAUCUCAUGUGCGGUGUAUGUCCCGUACGAGAGAAACGGAAGAGAGAAAAGACACACCCGAGGAGUAACUCGUCGCGAAAUCGCGACCAUACAGGCGUUUGCUCGAAGGCGUUUCGCCACGCUGCGAAGCGGAGUGUAAAUAAUCCGAUGCGGUGACGUCCCCUCUCCCUCCUACUCUCCUUUUCCCUUCUUACCCUUCUCCUUUCUCCUGCCCCGGUGAUCCUGCGACGAUAGAUCGCCAGUUGUAGACGCACGAAUCAGCCGAUAAGAACCAUUACGCUCAAUUACUACUCACCGGCAAAGGUAACUUUUGAAACGCACUGUUCGCUAAAAGGGCGAGUAGCUUUAAUACUGCGACUGCAUUCGACGGAUGCAACUUUCCUCCACGAAGCACGGACAUUGCGCAAGGAGAAGAAAAAGAGGAAAAGAAGGGAAAAGAAGGAAAAUGAGACGCGCACGUCAACGCUCCUCUCGGCCGCGUAUCUGCGAGAUAUAUUUGUUAUUUUUUCUUCCUUUUUUAGUGUUCUUCAUUUGCGAGAGAUCUAUGUUUUGUACACACAUACAUACCUAUACGGAAAAAAGAGUUUGGUUGAAUUAACGCGUGACAUGUUUGCUCAAACAAAUUUGAAUAGAGCUAAACGGAAUUUCUGGAAUUAUUAUACUUAAAUAUUGCAGAUCAUUUCGGUGCAAUAUUAAUCACAGAUUGGUUAUUGCGUAUUCCAUCUAUCAUAGAUAGAUAGAUCAUAGAAUAUCUUAUGCGGGUGUUUAUCUCGAGCUUUCGACUCUGUCAGGAAUUUGCCUUACAAAGCGUCCUGCCAUUUUCCACGAACAUUGUGUUAUAUACUUUUAAUUAAUCAACAAGGAAAGUACAAUAAAAUAUAAUUUUUAUCCAAAUUAUACACUUUUUGUGGUAUUAAAUGUCAUAUUGAUGGAAAAUUAUAUAAUUGCGCCGGUUAUACAACGUAUAUAACAGACAAUAUAUAAUAGAUCUAUCAAUUAGAAAAGUAACAUAGCGCGUAAUCUAGACUUCAAAACCAAUUUCAAAACUAGAAUAAAUGUGAGUUUUAUAGUGACCUUCUUUUUGUCGAAGUUGCCAUGUGCAAUUGAAUAUGUCCAAUUAUUUUAAGGAGGUUGUAAGGUAGAAUAAGUUUGUUAAAAAAGAAAAAUUCGUUGAAAUUCUCACUACAUAUAAAUUAAAAUGUUAUCUAACUGCUCGUACAAUUAAAAGGAAAAGAUUGACUAUUCGAGAGUUGAGAUAUUUGAAAUUAAAGCUGACACUUUUCAUACGUAUUUCUUAGGAAAUUAUUGACAUAUCGGCGUAUUAUUUUUCAUUUCCAUCUUUAAUUCCUUAUAAACUGAAAUUAAGAUUUUAAUGAAAAAUAGUCUCUUAAAAUGAAACAUAAUUUGCCUCAAAUUAAUAUUUAACUACUUAGAUAUUAAUGAAAAAUAGAAGAGAAAAAGUGGGAGGAUAUGUUGAAGGGUUCGGUAGAUUAAUUUAGAGCAGUCCUUCGGAUAAAGAAUCUAAUCUAAAUGUCCAGGGUUUCCCGUCUACAAUCAUAUCUUUUUUCAUUUUGUUUAUUUUCUUGCAAGUUAAUUCAGCAAAUCACGAUGUCGUAUCUUUAUUCGUUGUGAGAAAUGAGUAUCGAUCUAUAUAAAAAUUAAACCUCUUAACAAUUAAGACCAUACAAUUAUCCAAUACUUGAGUAAUGAAAUAAACAUAGAUAGAUAACAUAGAAAUGUAAUUUUAUUCGAUAAGUAGUAAGCUGGUAAGUGUUCCUCUUGCCAUUGAAACUAAGCCUUACAACCUUCUCAAUCAGAACGGAUGUAAUCAAAUUUGUCUGAUUACCUUAACCAGGAUUAUGAAUCGUUUUUUUACAAAACAGUCAGGUUAAUGUAUCCAGGCUUCAAAUUAAUUCAACUACUCCUUUUUUCCGUGCAAGACAAUCGUCUUGAGCAUUCAGAUGCGCCACAUGCAGAAUUUCACGCAUUACUUAUAUAUUUUCUUUCACCUAUUAUUUCGUUCUUUCGUAUUUUCUCGUGGCUCUUGAUUUUAUUUCACCGUUGAGCCUUCGCGUGACCCCGUUCGCUCGCUCGCUCGCUCGCUCGCGCGAUUCUUCGUCGGAUGUCGAGUCGCGAGAAAACGAUUUCUCGCGUCCCGCCUUGCCGAACGGGCCCGGAUACGUACGUGCGCGUAAUCAUCAUUAAUGCACGCUAGGCGCGCGUGUAUCUACUCGCGGCCAUCUCAUGCGGUCCAGCUGAAUCAAGAUAAUCAAAUACCCGACGCCAAAGUCGGGACUGCGCGCGGCCUAAUUACUCUCCGUAACGUAUUGCGCGUUAGAUACACGCGCGCGUCGAGAAAUCGCGAUUGCCACGGUCAACGAUAAUGAUAUCUGACCUGCCAGAGAGCCCAUUCCUGCGCACCUCGUAAAUACAGCACGAGAUGCUCAGCGCGUAUGCACGCUCCUCCCUUGCGUUCUCUCGCUCCACUGAAACCGCAAAACCGGGAAACGAUUCGGGUAACAAAGUAACCACACAGGAUCUCGUGCCAGCGUGACUCGCGUCGCGCGAGUCAGACGGGAAUUUCGAUUUUCCAUACACGACACGUGGCUGUCCUCUUUCCUCAAGUUUCUCACGCGAUACUCCCACUCUUGCAGCGAUUCUUUCCUCUCUUUCUCAGCUGGCAUCUACCAAUAUAUCAUCGUGACGUGCACCGAUCCACCUGCCGAUUUCCGUGCUUCGUGCGAACGUGAGAGUGACUGCUUAACUGUAAAAAGCGACGAGAGGGCGGUGCAAUAAUUACGCGUGCAUGCGAGAUCGCGCGUGUGUGUGGAUGUGUGUGGCCGAAGCGUCGGAGGGUAUAUGCGUUACUGCGAGGGACUCGCUCAGUGAUCGCGAUGUCACUUUAUGACGAUGACGUGCUUUUCAAUGUUCCUCAAUAUAAUUUAUAGUUUUGUAUGCGAUCGCGACUCUCUAAUUUGCACGACGACGUGAAGCGUUUUUUUUUCACGAAUAUCCGUAUGCGACGUGUAUUAAUUAUUUUAGUUAACCUCCGCAUGACGACCAGAGUCAUUUAUGGUCAAGCCAUUCCAAGAACUACUUGUUUCUCACAGUAUUUUUCUUGCGAAAUUAAAUAUUACAAGGAAGGUAUUCCAGGUAUCCGAUUUUAAUGAAACUUGGUGGGUUUGCAAAGAGGGUCAAAAUAUUCCAUACAUACUUUUUCUAUCGACAAUCAAACGUGUUUGAAAGGGUGAAAUCAACCCUCGAAUGUUGACAAAAUUUUUAUUUUUGGCUAUAACUACGGAACAAUUGUACCAGUGAAUAGCUUUUUAAAUUAUGUACAUUUUGUAUAUUUACGAAAUUACGCUAUUAUGCUUCAUUAAAAAGUUACAGCCAAAAAAUUGUCGGGAGCUGAUUUCACCCUUAAAACACGUUGGCCGAUAAAAAAUAUGGAAUAUUUUACAAAAUCCACCAAGUUUUAUUAAAGUCAGAGAGGGACAUUUGAAAUAUCUUCCUUUAUUAGCAAUUUAUUUUUCACAAAAAAAAUAUAUAUAGCAAGAAGCUACAUAGUCUUCAAUUGGAAAGGGAAUGGAAGUUUCAGUCAUUUUUGGGGAUUUUUUGGAGCAACACUGCAAAGCCAGAUAUAUUAUUUUGACUGAAUCUCCUUUCGAAUGUUCCUUGCUCUUUUAAACGCACGUUUGCACGUUUAAACGUACUAAAUCACAAUUUACGCGCCUGAAACGUCCUAAAUGAUUUAAAGCUGCAAGGAACGCGUAAAAAGGGCUUCAGCUAAAUUAGACGCUUAUGCAUUUAAAACGUACUUGUAGUACAAUAAAGAUGAGAGAAAUCGAGGAAGACACCAACGACUCUAAUUGCCACUUUAAAAAAUACACUGUCAUUCAGAGGGCUAAUUGCUCGAUUCAAUUUUCUGAUUAUCCAAGCGUCUCGGUGUCACACGUCCCGAUCAAUAUCGCGUUCCUUCGAACGAGAUCGACUAAGUGACGUCGCGGUCGCGAGCUUUAGUCCCUCUUCGCGGUAUUAAUUCUUCCAAACGGGCUGCGGGCGUGGGUCUUCGUACGAGUCGUAUGAAUCCCAACUUCCUCGCGUAUCACACUGUGUAUGGAUCGUUGCGAUCCGCGCGAUUACCGAUCGAUCAAACCGAUCCGGGAACUUAACGCGGUUCUCUCAUGGAAAAGCUCGCGCUCUCCUUUAGAAUAUUCCACGCUUUUUCGUCAAUCGCUGCGACUCGCUCUCGUUCGACGAGUUAUCUUCGAGAAGAAAAAAAAAGAUAUAUAUACACACACAGAGAUAUACACACACACACACACACACACAUACAGAGUGUCCUGGAGGAGCGAUUCGAGCGAUCCUCGAGUCAAUCAUAUCACGCAUUUGAACUGCGAAUAUCACAUUUCCUCGGGACAUCGUGUAUGUAUGAAUUAGAUUAGGUUAAUUAACGAACGUACGUCCUUUUAUUGAAUAAAAGCCUCUUUUCAGACGUCACUUACUUAGGGAGGUAAAAAGCCGAGCUUUUUGGAAAUUGUUACAGCACCACCAAGUGGUCUUAAAGUUUAAGAAUUUUACGACUCCGAGGUUGCCGCGAGGCUCAAUGGCUGUCGCAACGGCUUCCGGCGUGUCUUGAUUGGACGAUCGAUGCGACGUCACAGAUCCUGUAACGAAGUUACAGGACGACUCGCUGGCGACUACUGCAACGGAGAUUCCUUUAAAUACGUAAAACCAACGUUCAUCAGCGAGAGAUUGUUGCGCGAAACGCUCCGAGAAGGGCGUUAAAAACACACUGAAAUUACUUAGGCCGACUUUGUUACUUCGAUGUAGUGUUAUUGAAAAAAUAUCCCGCGGAUACGAGGAGAAGGGAUGCGAUACGUGUGUGAAGCAUUAUUAAACUAAAGAAAGGAAAGGAGGAAGGGAGGACUUUCGCGCCGUGCGUCGUCUUUAAGUCGUAUGCAUCGACUUCGAUGAUGCGUAAAGCGCACUGCACUAUGCACUUUCGAGUAAUAUACAGAGUGAAUGCCAAACCCGAUUAAGGUACGCGUUGAAUUAUCAAUUAUACAUAUCUCAACUCGGACCUUUAGGAAGAUUGGGCAGUUCGCAAAAGUACGCGUAUCUUGAUCAAGUUUGGCGAUGAGAACGAACCAGAUGAAGGAAUUGAAUCCUCAGAGAAUACAUCCGAACUUUAACUACUUGGAUAAAAAUCUGUUUCGUUAUCGCAAAAAAUAUUUCACACUGAGAGAAAUCAUCCGAUAAAUAAUUAACAAACGGAUAUUUUCGAUCAAAAUACCAAUAAAUUUUUGUAUUCGAUCCAUCCAAUAAGAAAUAUCGGUUCAUAAUUUUUUUAUCGGUUU